UGACUUAUAACCUGCAUGUUUCCUCCCUUCCCACAGCGCCUGACCAAACACACCAAGUUUGUGCGAGACAUGAUCAGRGAGGUUUGUGGCUUUGCACCCUAUGAGCGACGUGCAAUGGAGUUGCUGAAAGUGUCCAAGGACAAACGUGCUCUGAAAUUCAUCAAGAAGCGGGUUGGCACUCACAUUCGGGCCAAGAGGAAGCGRGAGGAACUCAGUAACGUCCUGGCAGCCAUGAGGAAAGCUGCUGCAAAGAAGGAUUGAGUUGUACAGGYUGCAAUACAAUAAAGUCCUUUCUCCCAAAAGCA